AUGGCCUCUUUCCGAGACCCAAUGAGGUCGCAUUCGAUUAGCACCGUUGUCUCCAUAAUCAAAAGUUUGGCCCCCAGAUAUUUUGUCGCGGAGCCUGGGCUCGAGUAAAUUUACACCGUCAUCUAUUAGCACGAUUUCUAUGGGUUUUAUGGGAUGUUAUAGUUUCUGUUUCAUUGUCCAGGACCAGACAUUCUGGAACAUAGCUUGAAAUUCAUCCAUGCUCUUCUAUCGUCGAAAAUUGUCAUUCUCAGCUCACUCGGACUUGAGGCCCUCAUUAAUAAAAAGACAGAAAACCUCCCCAACUCACAAGAUGCCGAUAUUGAAUAUGGUGCCGCUCUGGUCGAAGCAGCGCGUGGUGGACACCAGGAAACGGUAGAUACUCUUCUUCAAUGUUUUAAACCUACGAAGGCUACGCUAGAACUUUCAGCCCGAUCAGCUGACUAUCGUGUCUUAUUUACUCUUCUCAAAUGCAUUUCUGGAUUGCUAGAGCGACAUGAGUUUUCCACUGAGCUUUCUUACAAAGUUACUUGGCUAGGAUUGGACGAUGCUGUUGAGUAUCUUAUCGAACAGGUUCGUGAUCAAAUUCAUACCCAAAUCCGCUCUUCGAUCUGCAACUCCGUUUUUUUUUUAUUCAAACACAUCCUUCCCGUUCCUUGAUGCAAGCUUUGCUCCGAAAUUUCCUGAUAGGCAAUACUAAUUAUCGGUUCUUCGUGCAGGAUGUCGCAAUUGAUUUCGAGACACUGCCGAAGAAUUCACCCCUUCACCAUGCUGUAAUGCUGAAUUAUGAAAGAAUUACAAAGAUUCUGAUAUCCGCAAAAGCAGACAUCAAUCGGCCAGCACAACACGGAGUCACACCGUUACAUAAAGCCUGUAUGAAUGGAAGUCUGGAGUCGGUGAAACUACUUUUGGAGGCGAAAGCCAACACCGAUUGCAAGUCCGAGGCACACUUGACACCACUUCAGGUGGCAGCUAUAAGAGGUGGACAUGAAAUCAUCAAAAUGUAGGCAGUAACGUACUUCUGAGAAUAAGCACGAUUACUGAUCCCAGUUUCAGACUUCUGAGUUUCGGAGCUGACAAAAGCUACCGGGGUGAGGCAACAGAGGCUUUAAUGUUUGCGACGGAAAAUGGUUUCUCAAAUUGCUGCCGUGUUCUGUUGGAAGACGGGGCUCCUACCACACUUUCGGAUGAUUAUUGUCCGCCAUUGUGGUGGGCAUGCAGAGGUGACAGUUUAAACGAAGAGAUGUGUGAACUCUUACUCGAAUAUGGAGCAGAUCCUAACUGGGAACCUGGGUACAACAAUUCACCAAUCCUAAUCGAAGCUGUUCGAGCUGGUUGUAGUGUCGAUUUGGUGAAAUUUCUAUUAAAAAAGGGUGCUGAUAUCAACGCAGUGGACGCGCCUUCCAAAUAUAAGACUCCAGUGAUUUCAACAGCUGCACGACUUGGUCAUACCGAGAUCGUAAAACUUCUUGUUGAAAGAAAGGCAGACAUUAAUCUCGCCGAUUUCCGAGGCGAAAAACCAAUUUGUUUCGCCGCUAGAGGUAAUUAUCCGGAAAUUGUUCAAAUUCUGGUGGAUUCAAAAGCAGAUAUUGAAAUGGAUCAGAAUCUAGAUUCCGGGUGUGGCCCCUUACAUGCUAGAUUUGGCUUUCCUAAGGUUGUACGUAUCCUUCUAAAGAAUGGAGCUGACAUUAAUCGGAAUUGCUCGGGGGGGACUAUCCUCUUUUUUGCCAGUAUGGGCAAUCACAUUGAAGUAGUCGAGCUUUGUCUGCAAUACAAGCCAGAUCUAGAGACCAUAUACCUCCCUAACAUAGCCAGAUUCUACAGCGGACAAACGGCGCCAAGCGUUGCAAUGCACCUAGGAAACACUGGAAUCGUUAGGCUUUUGCUUGAGGCUGGUGCAAAUAUCAAUCAUCAAGUCUACCAUAGCCUCUCCCCAUUGCAUUAUGGAUGCUUAGACCCGUCUCUUCCCGACGAACACUUGCGAGCUAUACUUGAAUAUCGCCCUUAUCUAAACAUACUUGACGAUGAUGGGUGCACUGCUCUGCAUUGUAUAUUUGCAAUCACACCAUUGUCGAGGAUUAAACUUCUGGUGAAUGCAGGAGCUGAUAUAGAAAUCCGCAACAAAAGCCUCGUGACUCCUUUGGGCAUUGCAAUUCAAUGCCGAAACGUUGAUGCUGUGGAGUAUCUCCUCUCCAAGAAUACACAAGUCAAUCUCACUGGUGGACCAUUUGUCGGAGCGCUUUCCAUGGCUUGUUUUUUUUUGGUGACUUGCCACUCUUGAAACUCUUGGUAGAGAAGAGCUCGGGAAUUAACGUGAACUUGACGAACCCCAAUUGGUGUGGCACAGCUUUACAAGGCGGUCUGUGCUCGCAGCAAGACCGCAGAUGAUGAUCAAUUGCCCAUGGUAUCAUACCUCCUAGACGAUGCUAAGGCUAAUAUUAAUGCAUCCGCCGGAUGGAUGGGAUAUGCACUAAAUAUGGCUUGCCUUUAUGGUGAUUCGUCACUUGUUAAGCUUCUUUUGAACAAAGGUGCCCAAUCAGAUGUUGUAGAUGUAAGCUAAUCGGUCUAUUGAGUCUUUUAUUCUUACAGUCUAAGUCUGUUACUCGAUUUCAAUCUCCACCUUUCUGUUUCUUCGCAUGUAUUGGUUCCCCUGCAUCCAAAUAUAAAUUAAAUUCUUUAAUGAUUCUUCCAGGUCUUUUUCUGAUAGGCAAUGCUAAUUCUCGCGAUCUUGCAGUUGAUGGGGAGAAGGCCGAUUCACCUCGCAGCUCUCUGCACAAUUGAUCAUUGGAACUUGUUGGCUGAGGAUAAACUUCUCGAGACUGAGGACCAAUUAAAAAGAAUACCACUACAUUAUGCAGUAGCUAGUGGCAGAGUUGACCUGACCAAAGCGGUACUGGAGCGCUCGAUAGCAGUUCUAGGCCCAACAGUUGUCAAUUACCCUGACUGCGAUAACUGGACUCCAAUAAUGUGGGCAGCACGAACUUGUGUGGAGUGGGGGACAACGACAAAUGAACAGCCUGAAAUCAUCAAGCUUUUAUUGUCGAAUGGUGCAAAUCUCUGGGUGAAAGGAGAUGGUCUAGAUAGAGCAUGGUCACCACUAAGAGCCGCUAGAUAUUAUGGGGCGCCCGAGGAAGUCAUAGAACUCUUAACAACAAAGGCUGGUGCCCGAUCUUUAAAUGGCGAGAAAUGGACCGUAGGUCUCAUACUUCGAAGAAAGCUUCCGUGUCCUUCGAUGCAUUCUGUGACGGAUGUCUGCUUGUAAGUUAAAACUUGCUUAUCUGUGCUCAACUAGUAAUUCGGUUCUAUUCACUAUUAACACUAAAAUACUAGCAAAUUGUGGGAAGGUGGUUUGAAUGUGAGACCUGCUCGGAAUUUGAUCUCUGUUUUAAGUGCUAUCGUUCGAGAGACAUUCUGCACCCGGAUUGUUCAUUCGACGAACGUGGCACGGAAUACGAAUCCGAGCCUGAACCAUCAUGCGGUAGUAAAGUAAAGACACAUGGCUCUGGUGUCAACCCAAGCGUUGCUGAAAGUGUUCAUGAGAGUUCUGACGAGGAAAGUGAAGAUGAAGAGAGCAUCUCAAGCAAUGAAAUUACGGGAAAUAGUGGUAGUUGUAAUGUGGCCGAAUCAAAAGGAAUGACGGUAACAACAAUGAUGAGGAUGAAGAAGACGAGAAGGAAUAUGAGGGUGACGGCGACCGAUGAUAACUGA